UCUAAGAUCACUUUCCAAUUUUACUGCAUCUCAGUUGGGAAGUGUAAGUCGUGGUGUGUAUAUGUUCGCUCGGCUCUUUUUUCAAUUUAUGUGGUACGCCGGGUACACGCGAAAAUUGGCUAUCUAUUGGAAUGCACGUUAAACGCUGAUUAAUCAUUGUGAAGUUUUGCUGGCAGUUGAUACGGAAAAUAAUAUUGACCACUUUAUUUUCUAUGAAGUCACCACCAGGCCAGCUAUUGUUAUUUUACCUGUAAUCGUUAAAGCGUGUGAUCAUCUAGUAAGGCUUUUGUGUUAGAAGUGGAGUGGAUAGCAGUUUUAUUGGAGAUGUUGGUUUGUGACUAACGCAUCAGUAGAACUGGACAAUGGCGUUGGAAUAAAUUAGUCAAUGUCUUUCUCUCGGACUCGCGCAAUCGAUGGCGCCUCUUCGAGGGUCGCAAAAACAGUGGGUCGAUCUUAACUGCCCAACCACUUUCACUAUUCCUCGUCUCACUGCCAUAGCUGUGCUCACCUUAUAUCGCUUCCCCCAUGUUGGGAUUAUUGGCUUAUGCUCCGGGUCUUACUUUAGGAAAUAACCACUUUCCCUUAUCCGUGGACGCUCGUGACUGUUAAGGAUUACUAUCUACUAAUACUCAGACACCACUUGCUUUGCGUGAUUGGAGACGCCGGGCAGACUACACGGUUGGAUUGUACGGAUUUAUACACCCUCUCUGUGGAGCUUUUAGGCGGGAGUUUGUGACGCGAUAUGAUUGAGUCGGAUCCGCAGUUGGUGGUGCCUGAACAUCAUUUUCGGUGAAGUGCAUCGACGACCAUGCAGGAUCAACGGAUGACCUCCGCCGUGAUAUCGACGUUGAGUGUCGAUCUGGCAGCUGAUGAACUAUCAAUGUCGGAUAUCGACUAUCCUACCGAGGAGCCGCCCGCUGCCGACCCGGACGGGGGGAUGCCCCUCGCUCAGAUGGUCCUAAUCGGAAUCGUUCUCGCUCUCAUUAUUGUUACCUCUAUUUUCGGCAACAUCCUGGUGUGUGUUGCCGUGGCAACGGAGGAUAAACUACGGAGGACGGGGAACCUUUUUAUAGUGUCUCUCGCGAUGGCAGACUUGCUGGUGUCAUUCUUUGUUAUGCCGUUCGCGAUGUUUAAUGACCUCUUAGGGUACUGGGUGUUCAGCCAUCGCUUUUGUAAUGUAUGGGUGUCGUUUGAUAUCAUGUUUAGCACGGCAUCCAUUUUGAAUCUUUGCGCCAUCAGUGUUGAUCGUUACAUUCAUAUCAAAAGACCUUUUAAAUACUACCAUUGGAUGACAAAGAGGACCGUCAUAGCCAUGAUCUUGUUGGUAUGGGGGAUGUCGGCACUUAUUUCAUUCAUUCCUAUUCAUCUUGGUUGGCAUAAGGAUGCCUCAGAUACCAGCCCAUCACUCCACCCCUCGUCGCACCUGUUCCUUUCCCCUUCCAACCUCUCCAACCUCACACAUUCUGACAUGCAAACAUUGAGCCCUAAUUCAAUCACCGUCUCUCAUCUUCGACCCCCUGACACAGAUCCGGGGGAUGAUUACUUCGAGUGUGCGAUGAGCCUGAACGCUACCUACGCUGUCUUCUCCUCUUUAAUAAGCUUCAUCAUUCCUUGUUUAAUUAUGAUCAGUAUCUACGCGUGCAUCUUCAAGGCGGUGAGAGAGCGGAUGAGGAACGCUCGCCUCGGCCGCCUGGGGAGCAGUAAAAACCACCAUCCAGACACGCAGUAUCACUGCAACAGCCAAGCCGCCACGGACCACAAGGCCGCCAUCACGUUAGGGAUAAUAAUGGGCGUAUUCCUCAUGUGCUGGUUACCCUUUUUCAUCUACAACAUCGUACUUCCGCUAUGCACCUCCUGCUUGUUCAGCGAGCUAGCUUUCAAGAUUCUCACCUGGUUAGGCUAUUUUAAUUCCUGUCUGAACCCGGUGAUCUACAGUAUUUUCAACCGCGAUUUCCGCAACGCGUUCAAGAACAUUCUCUUUUAUCAGUUGACCGGGUUCCUAUGCCGGUGCUGGGGAAAACGACCCCAGAAGCGCCACCGGGGACACCGCUCCAGCAUCACGAAAAGGACCAGACCAAGUGAUAUCAACGGCCGUGUCAGGUUCGACGCACCAGCUUACGGGUUAAGAGCUCACAGAAAAACGAACAUCAGUGAUACCUCAUUAGAGACAAUACGCGAGAAAAUAUCACCAACGUGAGAAUGAAAGAUGAUUUAAAAAUAUAUUCGUAGAAGGUUAAUAUAGGUCGAUAGACCAAAAUUAUCACAAUUUCUUUUCAUUUCUAAAACCAAUUGACCAACUUCGGAGUUUGUAUCUAUCAUUCAAAAGGAGUUUCCUUUGUGAUAUGUAUAUAGGUUCGUAACUGUAAAUAUUUAAUAAAUACAUUUUGAAAGUCU